AGAAGGGCGGGAAAAAAGAAGAAAAUUUUCUAACGACUAACACUCAUUUUCUCGUUUAAAAACAAUGGCUUUCAAAUUCAAGGUUAUUCUACAACAAUGGCGUUUUCUACACUCUCGUCUUUCAUUCCUACCUUUUAUCAUUUCUCUCAGCUCCACUUCUUCCAGGAUUGGAUCUCUUGCUGAUUCAUUUGGUGUUACAUCAAAUUAUAAUCAUCUAUAUGCACAUGGAGUUUAUCGCAUUACAUCGUUCAAUUUUCAAGCAAGAUCAUAUGCUCGAGGUAAUAAAAAGCCCUAUGAUCUUUUCGGCCAAGGACCACCAGGGAGUAAAGAAUUUAGGAAGGCAUGGACAAGGCAGCUAGACGAAGAUGACUGCGUGUGGACUGGAAGUGAAGAUGAGGGUGAGUCUGAGAAGAAGUUAAGCCCUCUUGAGAAGGAAAUUAGGAAAGUAAAACAGAAAGCGAAAGAGCACUCUGAUCGUAUAGAUGCAGAUGAUAGUGAUGAGCUUUGGAGUGUAUGGUCAGGAAGUGACGAGGAGAAAACGCUUUGGACAGGUAGUGAACAAGAUGACGAUGAUGAUAUCCCUACAGAACCGUAUCCAAAUGUAAAGAGCGAUGCAUAUAUAGAUAAGCUAUUCGAGUUUGAAGAACCCCCUAAAUAUAGAACGCUUUCAGAUGUACUGAAAGCCGAAGAAGAACCAGAAGAGUUGUCCCCAGGAAAGAAAGCUCGGAAACUUGCUGUUGAGAAUGCCCUAAAGAAGUUGAAAAAAGGGCCUGAUGGUAGGUACACUAAUGUUUGGGAAGUGAUGAGUGACAUAGAUAUUCUUGUUGGUGCUUUUGAAAAUAUAGUUUCAGGGCCAGAAUAUGCUGAACUUCGACAGGGAGGUCCUAAAAAACUAAACAUGCAGUUUUUCAAGGACAUCCAAGCUAAAAUGAGGGAUCCAAAUUACAAGUUUUCUCCAGAACUGAAGUUAAAGCCAAAGAGCAAACUAGUUCGUAGGAAGCAGUGGCAAAAGGCACAGUCUAGGAGGCGAAAAGAUCAAAAGCGAUAAUUAUUGUAAAAAUUAAUUAUAUUGUAGAAUACAUGUAGUUACCUUUGCUUCCCUACCUUGCCAAAUUGCCUGUAAACCUUAAUAUUGUUUAGCUGAGUGUGUGUUAUGAUUCAGCGGCGUUUUGAAAAGUCAAAUUUAGUUUUUGUACAUGGCUGAAUUCUAAUAUACUAAAGUAUUUUGUUCUAAUUGUUUUCGUUUUGGAAUGGAUAGAUGUGCUAUGAUUCAACAGUGUUUUGACAUUCCUAAAUGAGAAGUCGGAUAUAUUGUUUGUACUGUACUUAAUUCUGAAGAGUAUUUGUUCGGUUUGUUUGGUUAUGGAAUGGGAAGAUGCAAGUAUAAGUCAAAAUGACAAAUUACUUUAGACUAAAGUCAAUUAUUUGAUGUAUAUAAAGAAUUGUGCAUUAAUCCCCAUCGAGAAUUGAAAUAGAACAUGAACCAUACACUCUCAAGGAGUGGGAGGA